AUGUCUCAAGAGAAAGCUGAAGAUCAUGCGAGCGUGUCAACAUCUAGUGGUGGAGAUGCCGGGCACUCGACUGUGAAGCGCGAGUCAGGCUUCCUGGGCGCCAUGCGCAGCUUUGAGGCCAAGAUGGAUGCAAAAUUCGGCAUCGAAAGCGAUGCCAUUACCAGGAAGUUGCCAGAGGAGAAGGGUCAUGUACCCUGGCACCACCAGAUGAGCAUGUUCUUCUUAUGGGCUAGCGGAACAAUGAACACUUCUUGUUUCGCAACGGGAUUCCUUGGUUGGGAGUUUGGUCUGACGCUCCGCCAGUCUAUCGUCAUCAUCAUCUUUGCCUCCAUCCUUGGUGGUGCGGCGACAGGCUUCGCAGCAACCUUCGGUGCACCAACUGGUCUGCGUCAGAUUUCCGUUAGCAGAUAUGCUUUCGGAUGGUGGCCAAACAAGGUCAUUGCAGCCCUGAACACCAUCGUGCAGAUUGGCUGGGCGGCCGUCGCCUGCAUCACAGGUGGUCUGGCACUGACAGCUGUCGCCGACGGACACAUCUCCCUCAUUGUCGGCAUCGUCAUCCUGGCAGUGGUAGCUACACUAAUCUCGUUCGUUGGUCUCAAGGCUAUCCUUGUGUACGAGCGCUACGCCUGGGUCAUCUUCUUCAUAAUCUUCAUUAUCUUCUUCGCCGAGACUGCGAAAUACGCAGACAACUCUCCUACGCCAUCUGUUCAUGGCUUGGACCUGAGCGGCGCGGUACUCAGCCUAAUCGCUAUCGUAUAUGGCAGCUCCGCGUCCUGGCAGACCAUGGCGAGUGACUACUACGUACACUACUCUGUCAACGUCAACCGGUGGAGAGUUUUCCUCAUGACGACAUUCGGUAUCUCGAUUCCGACGUCCAUCGGCAUGAUUGCAGGUGCAGUCGUCUCAUCCGGUAUGAACAACCGCACCGACUGGAAAGACACCUACGAAAACGACGGCCUUGGUUUCCUAAUCCAGACCAUGCUGUACCCACGGGGCUUCGCCAAACUCAUCCUCACCCUCCUCGUCCUCUCCGGAAUCAAUGUAAACGUCAUCUCCAUCUACAGCGCCGCCAUCUCGUGCCAGCAAUUCUCGCGCCCCUUCGCGCGCGUACCCCGCUUCAUAUGGGUGCUCUUCUGCUUCGCAGCGAUCCUGGGUCUCGCCAUCGGCGGGCGCGAACAGCUGUCCGUUUACCUGCAGAACUUCCUCAGCCUGCUUGGUUACUGGAGUACGCAGUACUUUAUCAUCUUGUUCAGCGAGCACGUCAUUUUCCGGCGUAUGAAUUUCGAGAAUUACGACUUGCAUGCAUGGAAUGAUCCGAGUCGGCUGCCGCUGGGUAUUGCUGCAGGUGUUGCGUUUACGGUGGGCAUUGUGGCGUGGAUUAUGGGUAUGGUUGAGACGUGGUAUGUUGGUCCGUUGGGAAAGCUGAUUGGUGCUGAUGGAGGUGAUAUUGCGAAUGAGUUUACAUUUGUGGUGACGGGAUUGAUCUACAUACCUGCGAGGUUCUUGGAGAAGAAGAUGGUUGGAAGGUAGACCAGCAGAACGAUUGGAUAGAGGCAAAUUCGCAAUACGAAACCAGC